UAAUAGUACUAAUAGUAGUAUUAGUAGCUUCCUAUAUUAGGCACAGCUCAUCGAAUUCUCCUUUAAGAAACACGUCGCUUUUUUUGUUUAUAAUUAAUUUGUUUUUAUGUUUAGAGCUAAAAACGACCUUUCUGGACAGUGCAUGUCCAAUUUUAGAUAAGUUCCUGUAUUUUUGUUCCGCUUUUCCAAAGCAGAUGGCAGUUUUUUAGAUUCUCGGUAACCAAGUAUGUAAAGCUAUUGUUUUAACCUCCCCCGGCAAUUCAUACCCAUAUAAGGGAUGAAGGCUAUAUUAUUAGCCUGUUUGAUCAUAACCUGAUAGAUAUAUCAAAAAAGGUUCCAAACAUCUUUAGAAAGACAUUUCAAUCACAUUUAUUCCGUAAGCUGUUAAAUAAAGUUAAAAAAGGAGGUGUUUCAACAUUAAUAAUGAAAUUAACACAUUCUCCUAUAGUGCACAAGGCAAAAUCGUAAUAAGAAAUAUUACUGGGAUUAAUAAAUCUAUGAUUUUUUCAAUGAAUAAAAGUGACCUAGAUCGAGAUAUCCAGAAUAUAAUAUAAUUCAUGAAUGAAAGAAAAAGUGCGGGCUGCUAAUUUGAAGCCAGAGACCAUGCCCACUGCAGGUGAUCACACCAGGCGAGCGCUGGUGGUGAGGAGAGGUAUACACUAAGCGUGUAGUGUCACAACCUAUAUCAUACAGGCAGUGGAGGGAAGGGGGAGAGAGUCAUGAAAAGAAUUAUAAGCAUCUAUGGGAGGGAGGGGAUGUUAAGGUGUAACAAAACGAACAUUCAAAAUAUGAAAAGAAGAGGGUCCUUGGAUGGGAAUUAAAAGAAAGAGACAGAGAAUACAUAUAGCCUAUUUGAAAAUAUCAUGUUUAUUAAAUUAUAAUAUAUAUAUAUAAUUAAUUUGUAGAUCUAUGAUUUAUAGAGAUUUAUUUCUGUCUGUUUCUACACAUAGAUUAUAUAGUUAGACAUAUAUAUAGAGACAAUAUACUAUAAAUACAUAUUGCAGAAUAAGUGAAUCUACUUCUUUUAAUACAAUCUAAAUAAUUUUUAAUUAACACAGAUAUAAUUUAUUAGCAAUAACAUAGUGAUGUUUCUUAACGGUGCUCGAUGUGCGCUAAAGGAGAAAGCACAAAAACUGUGUUUAUUAUAGAAGCAUGAAGUGACCUGAUUUAUUUUAAAAUAAAAUCUUGACUAUGAGUGGUAAUUCAAAGAAUCACAGCUAUUUUUAUAGUUCUUUAGUUGCAGAAUAAGAAUCUGCUUUCAGAUUUUUUGUAAGUUAAACCGUCACCAAAUAAAAAAAUAAAAUAAAAAUUUGACCUAGUUCCCGAAUACGGUGUGCCUAAUAUAAGAAUCUACUAUAGUAACUAAGACUAAGUCUAACUAAUAGUAAAUAAUAGUUAUACUAGUAAGUUAACUAUCAUAACUUAUAACUCAGUGAUCAUGAGUGAUGUCCAAAAUACGACCCGAGGGCCAGAUCCGGCCCGUGACGAGCUUCCAUCCGGCCCGCCAAAACAUCGGUUUAAAGUGUAAAUAAUCUCCCCACCCCCACUAAAAAACAAAAGUUUGAAAAAUAUAUCUUUACCUACGUUAGGGCCCUCCCUUUUCUCUGAUGAAUUGGUACCACGAGCUUUGAAAUUUGUCUUAAUCAUCAAGUUAAUGAUUAUGUAAACGGGAAUUAUGAAUCUAAAAGAACAAUCAAACAGAUCUUUUUGUGGAACAUGAUAAUAAGCCAACACAUUUGUUUGAUAGAGAAAGUGUCUAAAGCUGUUUCAUUAAAAAAAACACAUAGAAUUAUGAUAGAAACUGCAUCACAAAAAACAACAAAUAUGACAGCAUAUUUGGUUUGAGCCGCGAAUAAAAGAUUGUUAAACUACGCCUAGAGAUUGGAGAAUCAUUGGGAAUACCGUUAUUUACCAAUAAAAGAAACAAGAAAAUGAAUUAGUUUAAAUGCUAGCUACAAUGCUGCUAACAAUUUAAUUAGAGAAAUAAAGCCAUUUUUCCGGUAAGUAGAAAAAGUAGAUUUAAGAUAAACUUCAAAUAUCCCAAUUUAUCAAUGUAAGUACUAGACCCACAGGUUUUUACUAAAAUAAUUUCAGGUCAGUUUCAUGUCGCUUUGUUUUUUUCUUUACCUUUAUGGUCAUGUGUCCCGCGACACGAGUGUUGGAAAUUAAAAUGGCCCGCAGGUUGAAUUAGACAAAUGGGUUACGGAAGAAAUACAGAGAACUUGUAUUAUAAGGAUAAACUUGGUCACUAUUGGCACUCCAGACAGAAGCCUACUUACCCUCAGACUCAGUACUUUUGUCCAGUCAAUCCUCAGAAAAAUAUUAUUCGUGCCACAUAUUCCAAUCACUUUCAACUUGGUUAUAUAACCAGACCAGUUCCACCUGUUGCCCCACAGUACCCUAAUCCUCACUGUUUCUAUGAGAUCAAGCCGGGUUUAAACUAUGAUGGAUCAUUGGCUAGCAUUCAUGGCAAUUUCUCUCCAUCAGACUCAGGAUUUUAUAAAUCAUCUCCUGAAGGUUAUGUUAUCUCCCCUUCCCAGCCUGAGAUGCAGUAUGUGCAUUAUUAUUCUGGGCCACCUGUAUUGCCUGCUCUGAGUCCUCAUCCAAUGCAUCCAAUACCACAUAUCACUUGGGACAAUCCUGUGCCACCAGUCAACUACAUGCCUGUCAACUUGCCUAGGAAGUCUGUGGAUGAUAUCCCCACUUACAUCAACAGUGGACUGGCUGACCAAAUUGGUAGCAGCUUGAAUUUAAAGCAGCAGGACAGUCAUGUUUCUAGGAUCUCUCAGUACAAUGGCAGUCAGGAAACAAUUGAUGCCUGGCCGGUUCCUGCUAAUUUUACAAAUGGACAAGCCAUGUAUAGGCCAUCAGCUAAUCAUGAUUUGUCAACUCACUUUGGCUAUAGGUCCACCACUGAGAGUCUUGAGACAACAGAAACAAACAGUCAUCAAACAGAGACUUUAUCCAGAAUCUGUCAACUGGCCUAUCAGUUUGUUGAGUCUUUCUGCCCACAGCUAGGUCAACAGCCCUACUGCAUUCCUCCAGUUAAAAGAUCUCGGCACCCAGACAAAUCUAGCAAGUUGUUAGUCUUGAGCAUGGAGAGUGAGAAGCGUGUCUUGGGCUCAUUUGAGAGAUACUUUGGGGAGCACAAGAUGCCAGUCUUCAUGCUGUGUCAUUAUCCAAUGUCAGGAUUCAUGAAGGCAUUCAAUGCUCAGAAUGCUGAAAGGAAUGACAGGACUGAGAUGACAGGGAGUGCCAACCUAGUGACACUCAUGCUACUAUCUACACUGUUUGAUAUCACUCUAGUCACUGUCAGCAUCAUCAGUGGCAAUUCUGAUUUUGCUUAUAUCCAGAGAGCUGUGCUGAAGUCAGCCACACAUAUGAAACGCUGCAAAAUUGCUGUCAACAAUUGGUUGAACCUGUUGGGUCUCAAUGUGAAGGUCAGGGAGGUGUUAGCCUUCCCCAAUCUGAAGAAAGCCAUGCUGCAGAGGAUUGCUAAAGACAAGAGUUUCAAACAAACAUGUGGUAGUAUGGUGACCUUACAUGUGGAUGACUUGUCUGCCCCUUUUGAAGAAGAGUGGUCCACUCCUGUCCACAAGCACCAGUUCACAGAUUGGAUGAAGAGCAAAAUUUUAUGUCAAACUAGUUCAGUGCUGACUCAGGACCAGCUGAGACUUCUUGUUGGGGCCCUGCUUUCCCCGAGGUUGUCAAGUGUUGAAUACAUGAAGGAUAUGGUUUCUAUGACACCUAUCUCUGAUUCACCCAACCAACUUGAAGUGACAAGGGAGACAACAGAGGACUUAAGUCAGUUGAAAUUGACCAUUGAUGGAGUAACUAAAACAUUUGAUGAGUUUAUGGAUGAGUAUGUCCUCAGCUACUACCCUGAUGUUGACAGUAACAGUUACAGGGUUCCUCCAAUCCAUUUUAAUAUACAGUCUUUGAAGAAACCUGUGGAUUAUCUUAAAGACAUUUCAGUCAAAUCUAUUGAUGUUGAUGACACAGAAAUCCUGUCAGAGAAAGAGUUUAUGCCUUGUCGAACUCCUUACAAGUGGAAGGUCACUAAAGCAGACUAUUGUAAAAAAACAACAGAAUUUAAUUUGGAUUCUGGGAAGACUUUUGGACAGAAACUGUCUACACAAAAUCAGGAGAAUGAUUCAAUCCCCCCAUCCAGUUGUGAAGACAGGAAUUCUAAAAACAAACAGCUAAAAAUUGCUGACAGCAUGUCCCAAAGAAACCCAGCUGAGAGAUGUUCAAGUGAGACACCUCAGGUCCCACUGAAUGAAAUGUUCAAAGGCGUGGAAGUCUUGUCUGAAGUGAUGAAGAAGGACACAAGAGCUGAUGAAGGUGAGAACCGUGUCAUCAGUUCUCUGGAGUACAUUGCCAAUGAUCCGCGAGAGAAGCCCAUGUUUAUCAUCUGUGGCUACCAAUACAACAACUACUUGAACAAGCUCCGAGAAGAGAUGUUCUCUAAAGGGGAGGCCAACAGACCUGUAAGAGCUUUUGGUCAGACAAUGAGAGCUGAACACGACUGUCUUAUCUUUCACAAGAAGUAUGGAGCCAUCAUUGUGUGCAUUAAAGCCAUUGGGGACAAUUUUUCUGACUGGAAUGCUUCCCUGGAAGAGCGUGUGGACUCGACCAACAAGAUUCUGAAGAAGGCUCUGAAACAACUGGAGAGGGAAGAGGCUAUGAUUCGACAUGUGACCUCUGACUUGUGCCCGGGGUUGAAAUGUCAUAAGUUGAUAGCUCUCCCCAACAUGCAGAGAGAUGAUGUCCAGGGUGCCUUGGAAGUGGAUCCAGAACUUAAAAAGAGCGUUGACCAGCUGACCAAUGGCCGAGGAGUGGACAUGUUCCUGUGCCAGGAUGAACUGUCUUCUAAAUUUACCUCCAUCUGGGACCAGCCUAAGGAAGUCAAGUCUAGAUUAAUGUCCUGGUGGAAGGAUGUUGUAGACAAUCUUCUCACCAACAAGGAAGACAAAGUCUGCACAGAUAAUGACUUAGAGAAAGAGACUAUGAGCCCCAAAGUUUAUCGCCAGAUUAUUGGACGAUAUUGUGGACUUUUGUCCACAGUUGAAGUCUGGAGUCCUAAUAACCCCAGAGUGGAAGUCAGGAGUGCCUCUGAGGCUGCCAAUGUCUGCGCCAAAAGAUUUUCAAAACUGGUUCUCCUGCCCCACCAAGUGGAGGUGUUGUGCUCUAACCAUCAGCGUCUGUUUCUUUACGGGCCCCCAGGCUCUGGGAAAACUUUGCUUCUUAUCCUGAAAGCCAGAGAAUGGCUGUUGUUAAAUAAAACUGUCAUUGUUCUGAACGUGAGACCUGGCUGUUCCUAUGGAUAUCCUUAUGCUUACGGUUUGUUUGAAAAGCUGAAAAAAAUGAUGGAACACAAUAAAUCUUUGGUGGACAGAAAUCUGAAAAUGUAUAACAUUGAUUCCUUGAUGUUCCAAUCAGACAUGCUGUCACAGAUUUUUCCAUCCAGCUGUGUCAUCAUUGAUGAAAUAACACCCUCUGCCCACCCCAUCAUUGAGCACCUGUGUUGCCUUCAGGUGCAGUACAUAUGGUGUGCUGGGGGAUUCGUGGAAGAUCGGCCUAUUACUGCUCGUGGUUUCCACACGUGUAAAAUGGACAAAAUUCUUCGCUGCCCUCCCAUUGUACAAACUUUACUCAAGCACACUGAAGAGGCUGUCAGACUUCUCAAACCUUAUGAACAGAUUUAUCAAAGCACGUCCUUUCAGCAGCCAUACAGGAAUAGGGAUGUGAGGUCUUCAAACUCUACAAUUCAGUCUUCCACAUUCCAUUCUGUUAGUGACAAUCUUCCAGAUAGGAAUGACAAUGUAGAUUCUUAUUUGACUAGCUCUGAGUCUUUAAACAAAAGAUUAAUGGCCAAAUACAGCAACAAGCCAAAGAUAGAAGGAAUUACCCCUGUAAAGUCAGUGAAUAUAGAAAGUACUGAUGUGAAGAACUUGUCUUGGUAUACCACUAGCAGUGUGGAGCUGGGUCUAGCCACAGAUGGACCACGACCUCAUAUCAUUGACCAUCAGAACCACAGUACUGAGCCCAAGUACCCCCUAGACUGCCAUCUGUGUGCUGAAGAAUUGGCCAGGUUUUUAAAGAGUUUAGUGAGAGACGACAGUGCGCAGAGCUCUGACCAACGCCAACUGCCCAGUAAAAACAAAUAUGCCUUCAAGGCCCCAUCCAUAAUCAACAAGGGAAAGACUUCCAAGCCCACAGAGGUGAUGAUCUAUUCUAAUGUCUCUACCAUCCACACCAAGCCAGCCUCUCCAUCUCCUCGUCUGGCCCCGGAGUUUAAUAGCAAAGCUCUGACUUGGAUGGACGUGCUUAUCGUGGUUCAACAUCUUGAUCCAGACUCUGCCUUCAUCUCCACCUUGUCCAGACAAGGUAUACCUGUGGAGGUGGCUGUCGGGCAGGAUGCUAGUAAAAUUGAACUGCUGGGCCUCCAGAAAUUGUAUGUCACCACCUAUAAAGAAGUCUGUGGACUGGAAAGGACACUGGUCGUCUUUGUCCCAUCAGAGAUCCCCAGCCAGGGUCGAAACCAGCUUCAUAACCUUAAUCUUCAUGACCUUCAGCUGAGUCAAUGCAUCCAGCGGUACACAGAGCAAGACAGGACAGUUCUUUGGUUUGUGGCCUCAAGAAGUCUGUCAAGUCUUGUGCUCAUUCUCCCAUGAAACAAAGGCACAACAUGCUGAAGUCUUUUCAUUGGGACACAUUUGUGUAUCACUGGGGACACCCUAUUGUGUCUCACUGGGGACACUCUUGGGCCACGUGUUAAUAAAUUAAUGUUCUUUAAAUUGUGAAAGAAAUCCAUUCAGUUCUCUAUAUCUGUACUCCUCAUGCUACAUUUUAAUGUUUAUGUUCAUUUAUGUACCUACUUCACUUGUUUCAAAACAUAGAAUGUGUAAAUAGAGAAAAAAAAAUCCUUUUUAUUUUAUUAGUUUUUUACCAAAACAGUUGUUUUAUUGUAGUCUAUUCUAAUAUUGAUACUAAAUUUUUAGAAACAUUUUAUUGUGUCACAUUUGAAAUGAUGGCCCCCGAGAGUAGUCUCCUUGGCCUGGCAUUUUUUUUUUAAAACAUUUAUCAUAUUGCAGGACUAGACAGAUUCCUACACAAAAACAAAGUCACUGUUUUUGGAUUUGAUGUUAUGUUUCUACUAUUCACUUUCUUCAUUUUGUGUUUUUAAUAACUCAAGAGUUAUACCCUUAGUCCUGCUGGUAAUGGAUUUUUUUUUUUAUUGUUGGUCUGGGUUUUUGUAAAUAAACUUUUAAGGUCUUUCAACAAUGUUAAUCCUUUUUUUUUUUCAUGUUGGUCUCUUUUGAUGCUAAGCUUAAUUCUUUCCACAAACUUGAGACAUAUUAUUUCAUGACAAAGUGUACAACAAUCAUUUCUAGUUACUAAAAGGUAUACUUCUUACUCUAUUACUAAAUGAUCUACUUAGAAAAAAGAAUUCCUAAAAUCUUUUGUUUAAGUCAACAAAAUGAAAGGUGGAAAAAGUUUACUUGUAAACAUCAGAAAGUGUGCACAAGAAUCAUUUUGCUGAUCAUAAGAAUUGUCAAGUUACUUACAGUCACACGUUGUUCUCUUUAUUCAUUUACUUGUACUUUGGUAUUUUUUAGUCAAGUCUUCCUGUUCAAUCAACUUUAGAAUGACUUUAAAAAAAAAACAACAACUUUAAAGCUGUAACUCAUCUUCAUUUCCUGACACCCCCCCCCCCCUCUUUCCUUUUUUCCCUAAAGAAAAUGUCUAUUGCUUAGUUUUAUAUUGAAAUUUGAUGAACAACAAAAAAAAGGGCAAUACCAUGACUUUCACUAAUACCACUUGUCCUUUUAUUUUUAUUUCAUUUUGUUCACUUUUGAUUCAAGAUGUCAGACUGACUGGCAAGAUAUGGAAUUUAUUGGCACCUUUUUUGUAUCUUGGUUUCAAUGGUUCAAAAGGCAAAUUGUAGUAAAUCCACGUCACAAAUUCUAAUAGCUGGACAACUGCAUUUCGAUUGAAAGUAAAAAUUCAUAAUUUUCAUUUUCUCUUUAAAAAGUCGUAGCAUUAGCUUUGUGAUCUCAAAUCUGAAAGAAAAAAGACAUACAUCAAUAUUUGAUGCUUCAACCAGUUGGCAACUAUUUUAUUUCAACUAUAUGUUGAUAGAAUGUCUUGGAACAGCAAGGAAGUAUCCAAUUUUUUACAUUUUUUCCCUUUAAUAUUUUACAAUUUUAUUCAUGGACUUGACAUCUAAACAUUCCAUAUUUAUUUAAAGUAUGUACUUGAGAAUCAAAACAAUAUUCCUUUAUGUUCAACCCAAUCACAGAGUCUAGUGAAACCCAAUCACUGAGUCUAGUGAGCCAUAGGCAGCUGACUGAAGAGAAUAUAAAAAGGUAGAAAUAAGAUUUAUGUUGCUUUUGAAGAUAUAAGAUUUAUGUUGCUAUUGAACUUUCCAAUUUUAAAAUUGUCAGAAAUGUUUUGAAUUGAUGUUGAAUAUAUUUAUACAACUUUCAUUGGAGCCCUAUUUCCUUUAUGAUUUAGAUUUUAAAAAAAUAACCUUUACUCUGAAACAAUAUUACAACACUUUGGUCAUUUCUGUUUCUCCAAAGUUCAAGUGCUUUAAUUGUUGUCUUUCUUUUGACUCUGCAGGAUAAGUUCAAGUAUAGCACUUUCCUGACAAAAUACAUGUUUUGGGUUUGAAUCUUUGUGGAGAACUGGAUUUUUGCAUAGGUCAUCUACUAAAUAUCAGACCAAAGAAAUGUAUUCAAUAUAGUCAGGUUUGACCUUCUUUGACUACUGGAAUUCACACUGAUUCACUAUUAGCUUAGACUUAGUUUGUAGAUUAUGAUGAAUCUUGUUGUGUCAUACAUCAAAUAGACCAAAGCAAAGAUAGUAAAAGACACUACUGAGUGACUCCUUGAGCUGAUUUGGCAGACUCAAAAUAAAACCAGUUCCAAUGGGUGUCAGUUCCAAACCUUUCAGGCAAUAAUGCUAGGGAGCAUAUAUUGUGAUUGAUGGCUGCAUCUGUACAAGUUGAAUGCUUCUUGUGGAGGGGAGGUGCUACAUGUGGAGGUGAACUUUUUUACUUUUCAGAUUAGAGAGUAAACAUUUGUUCAUCCUUGCACUCCAGUUCAAGUGCUGUAAUAAAAUGUGGACUUGCUACAAAAUUUGUCAUCAAUGGAACUGUUAUCUGGAAGAAAUGGUUUUAUUUUGACUGCCAUCUUAUCACUUAGAAGUAUUGAUUGGUUCUGACUUUAGUUUCAUUGUUUUGAUAGAGUUACAUAAAACUAGUUUUUUUUUUUUUCCAAGUAGUUUAUAACUUGAAAUAUGUUCUAGUAAGUUUGCAUUUUUAGAUUCACAUUGAUGCAAUUUUAUUUUAACCUUUUUUAUACUGUGUUAAAAUUCUGUAUGCCUUUGAACACAUUUUGUUAGUGAAAUUUGAAAUAGUCUAGAUUUGUUGUUUUUUUAAAGGUUUCUUUUCUAAUUAGUUUCCGCUGAAUUAUGUAUAAGAACUUUGGUGCUGAUACCCUGAAGACACAUACAAGCAAAAGUUUGUCAGAUCUAAGACAAAGUGACCAAAUUGACAUCAGUAACUGUUCAGAUUCAGAAUAUCUUCUAAUUAAGUUUGUCAACAGAUAUCAAUUAGUGAUUUUUUCUAACACUGGUUCGGUGACCAGAAGACAAAGAGAUAUUUUAGUCUAUAGGAGUACAAAGUUAAUGUUAGGAUUAGACUUGGACUAUUUCAUGUGACAGAAGGUAAUCAGCUCCAGAAAUCUAGUCUGAAAAUGUACACAAUUAUAGCCUAUUCUUAUCAUCAAUGUGAUCCAACUUCAUUUUCAAUGCAUUUUUUUAUUGUAUUGUUUAUUAUAUACAAUGUAUGGUCUAUUUUUUUUUUCUUUUUAAGUUUUUCUUGAAUAAUUUUAACUAGUUAUGUUUUUUGCAUUGUUUAAUUUUAUUGUAUUUACAAAAAAUGUACUUUGAUAGUUGUGCUGGUCACUAUGGUCUGUCCCACCAAUUGAUGUUGAUUUUUUUUGUUUAAAUUGAGAGAUCAACACUAAGGUCAGGCUUCACUUUGUGGUCGAAGAGGGACAGAACUCUUGGGCACCAAAUGGAAAGUCUUUGGUUUUAAUCUUGGUGGAGAUUUUGAUUUUAUAUUGAGAACUGUACAAUGUUACAUCUGUCAUACAUCCAUUUAAAGAAAGUUAACUGGCUUCAAGGCACUCAGUCAUUGUGGUGACCAUAUGAAACUCUUACCCUAAACUGUAGGUCACUAAAUAGAAGCAUUAGUGGGCGGGGGAGAAGGCGUUGUAUUUAUUCAUUUUGUAUUGAAAAGAACUAGGCAGUAAAAUGUAGUUUGCACUAGCAGUGCAUUGUGGGAUUAGAAUCGAUGAUUAAAAUGUAUUGUAUGUCCAACAUGAUCUAUGUAACAGAGUGGAUACAAAUGUACUUUUUGUUUUGUUACACUAUACAAGUCUAUAACAUUUCUUGUUGUUUUUUUUACUUUGAUUGUUGCUGUGGGCUGCAAGGGAAGGUUUUGUUUUAUUUUGAACUGAAUACUGUAUACAAAGCUUAUAUCAACUCACUCUGUCUGUCUGGUAAAAAGUGUGUACACGUUAUUUCUUCGACACCCAUUCUCAGAUCAAAUAGAAACUUCGCACAAUUAUUCAUUGGCAUAGACAAGACAUGAAUAAAUUUUUUUUUAAGUAACGAAUUAGACAAUUAAUUACUGGUAAUUAAUUUGUUUUUUUUUAUACUAACAAGGGAAACUAAUCCUUCACUACUAACAGAUAUGGCUAAAUUUGAUGGGUUUAGUCCCCUUAAUUAAUUAUUAACUAGCUUUUUCUCCCUGACUAAAAAUUAUUUAUUGGACCUAAUAAAACAUGGAUCAUUUAAAAAAAAAAACUUGUUUAGUCAAUUCAUUAUUGAUAAUUAAUUAUUUUCUUUGAUAUCUAAUAAGGGAAAUAACUUGUACAUUAUUGAUAGAUGUAAUUUUAAGGGUGAAGUUCUUCCCCAUUAGAUAGGCUUUGGUUUUUGUUUUUAUAUUUUGCUUGUUUGAUUACUAAAUUUAUUUUAACAGUCAUCAGUCAUGUUAACAGAAGAAUCAGUCUUCAGUCAUGUUAACAGAAGAAUCAGUCUUCAGUCAUUUGUACAAGGACAAGGCUAUUUUCAGAGAGGGGGGGGGAAGCAAACAAACAGGUAAACAUGUCCAUUUGGGUUGAUGAAAUGUAAAUACAAUUUAAAACUAGACUAGUCAAGAUAGAACAUCAUCAGUUACUACCAAGUCCAAAUGGAGUAGAGCUUAAAAACAUGUUCAUUUAUGAACUACUUUGUACUGUAUUCAGAAAGUAGGUCAGGUUUAAAUUUUCUGUUGUUUACUGUACAUUUUAUUUUGUUAGGAUUUUUUUUGCUUUUUCUAUUUGUAGCCUUGCUAACAGAAACAUUGGUAGGACUCAACUUCUGGGUGUAUACAAAAUGUAUAGACCAGUAGUGUUUGAGUCAUGAUCUUUGAACUCACAAAGCUCUAAUAAAAUGUAGCUACCA